AUGGAGACCAUAGAUUAUCUUCCGUGGCGAUACGAUCACUGGGAGAAGAAGCCCUGGAAGUUGGAAGCGCAUGACAAGCAUGUUCUAGUGUCGAUAUAUGAAGACCACACAGGAGUGCGAUUUGUUCGAAAGGCAAUGUGCGAUGAAGACAUUCCCGGAUUGUGUGAGCGCACGGCGUCGGUACUGCCUAAUAUAAAGUGGUCCUUGGAAUUGCUCAUGACACAAGAGACUCUUGCCGGCGAAGUUCGCCUUCCUGUCCCUUAUUCUUUGACUGCUGUCAAAGCUCUUCACUCGUACUGGAAUAUCCCGUAUAACUACAUCCCUAGAUGCAAAUCUUUAGAGACGGUAGACAUGAGCUUUUCUCCUGUCAAAAAUGACAGUGCCUGGAAAGGUAUCACUCUGGAUUUUGGUUCCAUUAUGUCUACAAUGACUUAUAAUAGCGCAAAUCAUCGAGCAUUCAGCAUUUGCCUACUGGGGCACGCAGAGGACGGUAGGCGUCUCGUGCGACGUCUCGAACGCAACCCCAGUUUCGCAUCGAACCCCCUGUUUGCACCAGUGAUCAUGGCUUCUCUAGUAGUACAUGAUCUUCGACUUGUAGCCUCUGAAACAUAUAUCGAUUGUUCGGAGAUCGAGUCGAAACUAGGCUACUGGACGAACGAUUUCGAGAAAAGUGUAGAAGAAGAGCUGGAUUUUACGCGGAUGCCGCAGUCUCUGAACAAGAUCGCAAUCCGAACUGUAAAUGACGAACAAUGGGGCUCUUCGAUGACUUCUUCGCUCAGUUGUCUGGGAGAGCAGCUUCAAGUAUGGGGCAGUAAACUCUGUCCCGGAGUUGGCGUCGAGUUGCAAGAGCAAGUUAGGUACUUACAGCAAUGUACCGCGUCAUGCGCGGCCUUAUCUCAACGGACGAAAGAUGGCGUUCAGUUCAUGAUACAAACGGUGUACGCAACCCUCCAGCAAAAGGACAAUCAACUCAACCAUCGCUACGGUGCCGAUAUGCGACUUAUUACCGCCAUAACUCUCAUUUUCCUUCCUGGCACUUUCGUCGCAACUUUCUUCAGUACCACGUUCUGGGACUUUUCACCUGACAACAGAGGCGCGAAAGUGACUUACUGGGUAUAUCUAUACUUCGUGGUCACGAUAGGACUGACGCUCUUGGUGCUCAUGGUAUGGAGGAAAUUUGCUGCGCUCAAGAGAUCAAGUGUGAAGAUGAUACAAGUAGGGCGCCGGGUCCCUGUGCUGCGGAGACUGAUAAGAGAAAAGAAAAUGGAUGAUGAAGAGUCAGGGAAGAAGGGCGAUUGA